AUGGGUGAUAAUCUCAACACCAGUGUGGACUACAGCAGCAGACUCAGUAAUGGCAGGAGACAUAUCCAGGACAUGGAGAAUGUCAGAGCUCACCUUCAAAACAUGCUGAGAAGCACACCCACAUUGGAGACGGAGGGAGGCAGCAGUGUUACAGAGAGUCCCAACCAGUCAUUUAACAGUGACAGCACCUCACAGCUACUUGGUGGUGGGGUAGGAGGUUUAGAGGAGUUGUUCCCGCGUUAUUCUUCUCAUCUGCGUUCUGAUGGUGUCUUCUCCCCGGAAGCCACUCUCCUUAGGGAGAGCCUAGACAGGGAGAGGACCAGCCGCAAGUGUGAGCGGCACGUGCUGGUUUUGCAGAGUAAGGCUCUGGAGCUGCAGCAAAGAUUGGCUCUCGCUUUGUCAGCUGACCGGAAGAAGGACGUCAUGAUCGAGCAGCUGGAUAAGGAAGAAUAGGCAGCAGCUAAUGGGGAUCCCCAAUAAAUACAAAUGAGUAG